GAGGUGAAGCCCGGCCCGCUGCGGCCCCGAGGACGAGGCGGCUGCGGCCUUUGCCGUGCAGCUUAGCGCCCGCAGGACGCCGGCGGCGUUGAUAUGAUAUAACACGAUUAAGGUACGUUUGCUGUUUCGGUUUUUGUCUGUUGCCUCUGAUCCCGCCGCUGGGUACCGCAGAGGUGCCCGCAGUUCUGCUCUCCUGUCAGGAGAGGUCCGUCCGAUUGAUGCGCUCACUGAUGAGACGCAACCGUCUCCCUGAUGGUUAAAUAGCGAAGCGCAGCGGUUCUGUCAGCGUGCCUUAAAACAGCCGAAUGUUUUCUGUAACUCAGUCACCGCGAGUUUAAACCAAUCUCUCUGAGCGCGGCGGCAAGAAAAAUAUUUACGCUGUGGUGUAACGUGUAACGAAGGAGACGGGGAAGGAAAUAAAGGGGAGUUGGUGAAGGUUAUGAAGUAGACUUCAAGGUCUUACAGAAGCUUCAGGCCGAACGCAGCACUUUCCGCGCCCGCCGCAGCCCUCCGCCCGCGCGGCGCUGUCACACUCCGCCGCCCGUCUCCACGGCGACGCUGCUGCCUCUGCGUGCCGUCAGGCGCGGCGGCCGGGGGGGCGGCUUUGCGACACUGGGCGCUGUGGCAGCCGGCCUCGUCAGCUGCUCGAGGGAGAGCUGCGCCCGGGGGCUCCUCUGCAGAGCCGCGGCGAGGUCAGGUGUGAAAGCAGGAUGGCUGGGAACAGCCUUGUGUUGCCCAUUGUCCUGUGGGGCCAGAGGGCUCCCACCCACUGCAUAUCAACACUGCUGCUCAUGGAUGACACGUCGAUGAUCAUCACUGGCUGCCACGAUGGCCAGAUAUGUCUCUGGGACAUUGCUCCAGAUUUAGAGAUUAACCCCAGAGCUCUGCUGUUUGGUCAUACAGCCUCAAUCACUUGUUUAUCAAAGGCCUCUGCUUCCAGUGAGAAGCAGUACAUAGUGAGUGCGUCAGAGAGUGGGGAGAUGUGUCUGUGGGAUGUGAAUGAUGGCAGAUGCAUAGAGUUUACUAAGCUAGCCUGCACACACACUGGCAUACAGUUCUACCAGUUUAUGGUUGGGACUCAGCGUGAAGGGAGACUGUUAUGCCAUGGACAUUAUCCAGAAAUUCUUGUUGUGGAUGCUACCAGCCUUGAAGUUCUUUAUUCUUUAUUAUCAAAGAUAUCUCCUGAUUGGAUCAGCUCCAUGACUAUCAUUAAAUCCAACAGAACACAAGAGGAUACUGUUGUUGCAGUUUCAGUGACUGGCAUCCUGAAAGUAUGGAUAAUAACAUCUGAAGUUAAUCGCAUGCAGGAUACAACACCAGUAUUUGAAGAGGAGUCAAAACCUAUUUAUUGUCAAAACUGUCAGAGUAUUUCUUUCUGUGCAUUUACCCAGCGGUCGUUGUUGGUAGUGUGCUCUAAAUACUGGAGGGUUUUUGAUGCUGGAGAUUAUUCCCUUUUAUGCUCGGUCCCUAGUGAGAAUGAACAGACCUGGACUGGUGGUGACUUUGUGUCAGCUGAUAAGGUGAUCGUGUGGACAGAAGAUGGUCAGAGUUUCAUAUAUAAAUUACCAGCCAGCUGUCUUCCAGCCAGUGACUUGUUUCGUAGAGAUGUGGGGAAAGCAGUAGAAAACUUAAUUCCUCCUUUAUUGUACAGUGUACUGGACAGAGCAGAUAAACAGUUACUGAUAUGUCCCCCAGUCACCCGGUUCUUCUAUGGACAAAGGGAGUUUUUCUCUAAUCUGCUGAUCCAAGGAGACUCUUCAGGGAGGCUGUGCAUUUGGAGUAUACCUGAUACACUGGAACAACAAGACUGUGCAAAAGGACUGCAAACAACAACUUCAAUAUCCCUCCAGGAAGCUUUUGAUAAACUUACUCCUCGCCCAGCUGGAAUUAUAGACCAACUAAGCUUAAUACCAAACAUCAAGGAGCCACUUAAGGUUACAGCCAGCGUGUACAUUCCAGCCCAUGGGCGGUUGGUUUGUGGUCGGGAAGAUGGAAGCAUUGUUAUUGUGCCAGCAACCCAAACUGCUAUAGUUCAGCUUUUGCAAGGAGAGCAUAUGCUCAGGAGAGGUUGGCCACCUCACCGGACUCUCAGAGGUCAUCGAAACAAAAUUACUUGCUUACUGUAUCCUCAUCAGGUUUCUUCUCGUUAUGAUCAAAGGUAUUUGAUCUCAGGUGGUGUGGAUUUCUCAGUCAUCAUAUGGGAUAUAUUUUCUGGAGAGAUGAAACAUAUCUUCUGUGUACAUGGUGGAGAAAUUACACAGCUUCUAGUUCCACCAGAAAAUUGUAGUGCAAGAGUCCAGCACUGUAUUUGCUCUGUGGCCAGUGAUCACUCUGUAGGUCUUCUUAGUCUGCGUGAGAAAAAAUGCAUCAUGCUGGCAUCCCGCCACCUCUUCCCUAUUCAAGUGAUCAAGUGGAGGCCUUCUGAUGACUACCUGGUAGUGGGAUGCUCUGACGGGUCCGUGUAUGUCUGGCAAAUGGAUACUGGUGCUCUGGACAGAUGUGUGAUGGGAAUAACAGCAGUUGAAAUCCUGAAUGCCUGUGAUGAGGCACUGCCCGCAGCUGUGGACUCCCUGAGCCACCCUGCUGUCAACUUGAAGCAGGCCAUGACACGACGCAGCCUGGCUGCCCUGAAGAAUGUGGCACACCAGAAGCUGCAGACCUUGGCCACCAACCUGCUGGCUUCUGAGGCAUCUGACAAAGGGAAUUUACCUAAAUAUUCACAUAACUCUCUGAUGGUUCAAGCUAUAAAGACUAACUUGACAGAUCCAGAUAUACACGUGCUCUUCUUUGACGUGGAAGCACUGAUAAUUCAGCUGCUGACCGAAGAAGCCUCAAGACCCAACAGUGCCCUCAUCUCUCCAGAGAAUUUACAGAAGGCCUCUGGUGGGUCUGACAAGGGAGGCUCCUUCCUGACUGGUAAGCGAGCAGCUGUCCUCUUCCAGCAGGUCAAGGAAACCAUCAAAGAAAACAUAAAGGAACAUCUUCUUGAUGAUGAAGACGAGGAUGAAGACUCAGUGAGACAGAGAAGAGAAGACACUGACCCAGAAUAUCGUUCUGGCAAAUCCAAACCAUUAACUCUACUAGAGUACAACCUAACCAUGGAUACAGCAAAGCUUUUUAUGUCCUGUCUUCAUGCAUGGGGCUUGAAUUCUGUUCUAGAUGAGCUUUGCCUUGAUCGUCUCGGGAUGCUUAAGCCACACUGCUCAGUGUCCUUUGGCCUUCUGUCUAGAGGAGGCCACAUGUCUCUGAUGCUUCCUGGCUACAAUCAGCCUGUAGGCAAACCAUCUUAUGAUGGCAUGGAGUUGGGCAGGAAGAUGUCCAUUACAGAAGGAUUGGGAAAGGGGACAUAUGGCGUGUCACGUGCUGUCACCACCCAGCAUCUCCUCUCUGUCAUAUCGCUGGCAAACACGCUGAUGAGCAUGACCAAUGCAACCUUUAUUGGAGACCACAUGAAGAAGGGCCCAACCAGGCCACCCAGGCCAGGCACACCCGAAAUGUCAAAAAUGAAGGCACCUCCAUCAAUGGCAAGUCAUGCAGCCCAAGGACAAAUUAAACAAGUUGCUCCUGCUGUUUCUUCUAGCACUGAAGCUGGUCACUCUGGCUCUGACACUGCUCCUCCUUUACAUACCUGUUUCUUAGUAAAUGAAGGGUGGAGCCAGCUUGCUGCCAUGCACUGCGUGAUGCUGCCAGACCUGCUGGGUCUGGACAAGUUCAGGCCUCCUCUUCUGGAGAUGUUGGCUCGCAGAUGGCAGGACCGCUGCCUGGAGGUAAGAGAAGCUGCCCAGGCCCUGCUGCUCGCAGAACUGAGGAGGAUUGAACAGGCAGGCCGGAAGGAGACCAUUGAUGCUUGGGCUCCAUAUUUGCCACAGUACAUUGACAGUGUCAUAUCGCCUGGAGUAACCACUGAAGCCAUUCAAACUGCUACUGCAAGCCCAGAUUCCUUGGGAACAGAGGCAAAAGUUCAGGAGGAAGAACAUGAUCUAGUGGAUGACGACAUCUCAGCAGGCUGCCUGUCCGGUCUCCCACAGCUAAAGAAGAUCUCUACAUCCUAUGAGGAGCGCAGGAAGCAAGCUACAGCCAUCGUUCUGCUGGGUGUUAUCGGGGCAGAAUUUGGGGCUGAGAUUGAGCCCCCUAAGCUGCUCACACGGCCACGCAGCUCCAGCCAGAUCCCCGAGGGCUUUGGGCUGACAAGCGGUGGGUCCAAUUAUUCCCUGGCAAGGCAUACCUGCAAGGCAUUGACAUUUCUGCUGCUACAGCCACCCAGCCCCAAGCUGCCUGCGCACAGCACCAUCCGCAGAACUGCCAUUGACCUCAUCGGCCGUGGCUUCACUGUCUGGGAGCCCUACAUGGAUGUCUCUGCGGUGCUGAUGGGCCUGCUGGAGCUCUGCGCUGAUGCUGAGAAGCAGCUUGCCAACAUCACAAUGGGGCUGCCCCUGAGCCCGGCGGCGGACUCUGCACGCUCGGCACGCCACGCGCUCUCGCUCAUCGCCACAGCCCGGCCGCCCGCCUUCAUUACCACCAUCGCCAAGGAGGUGCACAGACACACCGCCCUUGCAGCAAACACACAGUCUCAGCAGAAUAUUCACACCACUACUCUUGCUCGGGCUAAAGGAGAGAUCUUGAGAGUCAUUGAAAUCCUUAUUGAGAAGAUGCCUACCGACGUCGUGGACCUUCUUGUUGAGGUUAUGGACAUCAUCAUGUAUUGCCUCGAAGGAUCUUUAGUUAAGAAAAAAGGUCUUCAAGAAUGCUUUCCAGCCAUCUGCAGGUUCUACAUGGUCAGCUAUUAUGAGCGAAGUCACAGAAUAGCAGUUGGAGCUCGCCAUGGUUCAGUGGCCCUCUACGACAUCCGGACUGGGAAAUGUCAGACAAUCCAUGGGCACAAGGGGCCGAUCACGGCAGUGGCCUUUGCUCCUGACGGCCGGUACCUCGCCACCUACUCCAACUCAGACAGCCACCUCUCCUUCUGGCAGAUGAACACGUCACUGCUGGGCAGCAUCGGCAUGCUCAACUCAGCACCCCAGCUGCGCUGCAUCAAGACCUACCAGGUGCCACCUGUCCAGCCCGCUUCCCCUGGCUCGCACAACGCCCUGCGCCUGGCCCGCCUCAUCUGGACCUCCAACCGCAACGUCAUCCUCAUGGCCCAUGAUGGCAAGGAGCACCGCUUCGUGGUCUAGGGGAAGCUGCCUGCACUGAAAUGUGUUUCUGUCAGCACUCCAUGUAACGCUCCCUUCUUCGUUGCUGUCCUCUGGUCACAGGGCAGGACCAGCCAGGUCACAACUCUGCCCAGUGUUCCAAGCUGUAGUUCUGCCUGAUUUGCCAGGUUAUGGCUCUGCCUGGUUUGCCAGGCCGCACUUCUGCCUGGUUUGCCAGGUUGUGGCUGUGCCUGGUUUGCCAGGCCGCACUUCUGCCUGGUUUGCCAGGUUAUGGCUGUGCCUGGUUUGCCAGGCCGCACUUCUGCCUGGUUUGCCAGGCCGUGGCUGUGCCUGUUUUGCCAGGUCAUGGCUGUGCCUGGUUUACCACGUCACAGCUCUGCCUACCUUGCCAGGUCACAGUUCAGCCUGAUUUGCCAGGCCACAGUUCUGCCCAUUUUGCCGGGCUGUGGCUCUGCCCGCUUUGCCAGGCCAUGGCACCAGCUGGGUUCUCUUUGCAGCAGGGUGGAGGAAGCUGUGGUUUUGGGAGGCCCAGCCUCACCCUGACUGUGUGCCGUGGCCUGGCCGGUGGCUGCUGGCCUCAUGCCGGUGGCCUGGUUCCACGUGCUCACAGAGCCUCUGUGGUUUACCAAAGGCCCUGUUUACAUGUAUUCCUUCUAGUGACCGCUGAAUGAUCACUAGGUGGUGUGUCUUAGAGGGUUCUUAAUAAGGGCCUAAUUAAUUGGGGAUAAUUAGCUGAGUGUGCAGGAGUUGAAUGGCCUCUGUUCUGAGUGGAAGGGGCACAUUUCCUCAGAAAAAGACAGUUUCUGAGGGAUUGAAGUGCUGCUGUGCUCAGCCAUUGCUUGCUGUAGUCUGGAAUAAAGGAUAACAAUUCACAUGUAAAUAAAGAAAAUAUCUCUAAGAUUGACUAGCAAACUUGAACAGAGGAGUAUUUAUAUAUAAAGGUGUUUUUUGCUACCAAUGAAGGUAUUUAUUUUGAAGAACAUAAAAAGCUUUUUCUUCCCAAAGCUGCUCCCAUUUGUGCUGGAUCCCACAUGGAAGCUGGGCUGUGCUCUGGCGGCGGCAGGGCCAUGUUCCUUCACUGCAGGAACAUGGGGUCACAGCAAGCCCUGGGAGGCAGCACAAAUGGUGUCAGUGGUUAACAAUUCUGGCAAGAAAAACUAUGAAAAAUAAUAAGUUAUUUGAACGGAUAUACUGAAACCAUUUCUUCAGUAGGAAUAUUCCUGUGUAAUGUUAGCUGUGACUGUGUUUCCUUCUUACAUAUCUAAUUCUGUGAAAUAUUUAAUCGUGUGGAAGUAUGCUGGUUUAUGCUCACAAUAAAGCAGAAACAAAUCUAUGAAAUACUAUUUUAUUUAAAAAUAUUGAUGUAUAUGUUUGUAUAGCUUUCUCUUUGCCAUUUUUGUCUGAAAAGCUCGCAGAAACAAGGAGGCUGCCUUUACAUGAUAAAGUAAAAAUGGUACUUACAAAAUCCUCCCUUCCCCAGAAAGGAAUAAAUUAAUUUAUUAAAUGGCUUCUAAAUAUAAAAGGCAUUGAUUUUAAAAAAAAUUUUUUUUAUUUUUUAAGUUGGUCUGUGUAGUAGUACAUUGCACAUGAAGGUGAGAUUUACAGCCCAGGCGGAUACAUAUCUGUUUGCUGUUUAAAAAUUAAGAAAUGCCAAUUAAAAAAAGAGCAAGAAAUUAAGACCAUUAGGAAUGUUUAAACACAAACUGCCAUAAAAUUUAAUCCCUUUAUCUCGCAGGAAUGUAGUGUGUAGUAGAGAACAUUGUCAUAGAGUAUCAGGGUCUUUUUUCUAAGUGAACUAACACAACAUGCAUGUACUUUGUGUUCAUAAAGAUGCGUAUGUAACUCUGAAGGUUAAAGAUAGAAAGAAGAGCUAACAGAGACCUUCCAUCUGUAGUCUGAAACACUGCAGCAUUAGGUUUAGAUGCACAAGGAGAGUCAGGGUGCACUGUAAGCAUUCCCCCGUAGGCAUUCUGGGAUCCCAUCAGUUACAUUAGGGUAGGUUCCAAGAUGUGUAUGUGUUUACUUUCAGAAACAAAACGCAACCCCCACGGGAAUGGUGGACCAUAGGCCUCCAAUGAUUUCCUUUUGUGGUGUAGUGAGCAAACAUCUUGAAUUAUAUAUACGUUAAAAUGUUUGAUUUAAGCUAGAAGUGUAAUGGAUUUUCUCAAAUGCAGAAGAGAGGUCGUUCCUUUCCUCCCAGUGCUGCGGGUCAGCUCCUGCCCCACUGGGGUCCAGGAUCCAUCAGUGGGGCUGGACACAGCCCCCACUGUGGUGACUUUGUUUGCCCCGGUCCUCAUCUUCACAGCCUUGGUCUCUCAGCACUGCAGUAAAAUUUGUAUUGUCAUUCCAGUGUAAGCUUUUAGUGCUUUAUUGAUUUGUUAGUACUGUAUUUGGACUUGUCCUUGUAAAUGUGGAGACGUAUGUGGCUUCAUUGGCAGUUUACAAGCAAAAAGAUGACAUGAUGAGACACCUGUAUGAAAGUGUUGUAAUGAUGGAAGUCACCAUGUAUGGUAAAUGAUUGAAGUGUCUGCCUCUCGAGCAACUUCUGGAGUCCACUCCUGGUCUGCUGUAUGUAUACUGCAUACCCUGGUGUAAAUAUGCUUGUGAAAUAAAUCUGAGCUGUAUCGAA